CAGUUGCUCUCUGGGAGAAGGGAAGUCUGUUUGAGGCUACAGUAGUCUGUAGUUCCUCCCUGGGAGAAGGGAGUUUGAGCUAGUACACCCAGAUUGUGGGGGAAGGGGAGAAUCAGAAGCCAUAGAAAGUAGAGCAGGGAAGGAGAAACACGGUCUCUGGACUAGAAUCCUGUGUAAUGAUUCCUUUACAGGUCACUGGGGGAGUGGCACCAUCAGAGCAGUGCUGGAGAAGACUGCCUGACACUGUUGGUGUGAAAGGACUUGGCUUUCCCUGGAAGGGAAAGCCAUGUAGUGACCUGGCCAGAUGGCUGAGUCAUGAAGAAGAGGCAUCACAAAAGAGAUGGAGUGAAACUGCUGGAAGAGACAUUGGCCAGGCAGUGCUAAUCCCCAAAACAGCUACGAGGAGGCGCCAUCCUGUGGAUAAAAUUGCUGGGACUGCAUCAAACCACGCAGGACUGCGUUUCAUUUAUGACACGCCACCAGAGUGGAAUGUCACAAAGCACCAUGCAGUGAUGUAAGCAGCUUGUUCUCAUGAACAGAAGGAUUUUUCCAUGUCGUGCACAGCCAUCAGACUACGUCAAUUUAUAGAUCCUACACCCUACCUCCCUCCAGGCACUGUUAUUCGUCAAGGAAAGGACAUUCAAGGGUUCUAUCCUGGGCAACUAGGACGGGUACAUAAGGCAUGCAUGCCUGAAACAACUCCAGGACCUUUCAUAAAACUGCACCCAGCUCCAGUGCAGCAUGAAGUUGAAACUCCGUACCCACAUGACUUUGAUAAUUUAACUCUUCAGAGCUAUGUCCUUUUUCAAAGGACAGUGAAGAAGGCAAUGAAUGACUGGUACAAGCAAACCACGUACAAAGAAGAAUUUGCACUGCCAUUUUACAAUAUGGACCUUGAUGAGGAUAAAUACACACCAAGAACUGAUCCUGGACCACUGACAAUCUGGAGAAGCAUUGCUGAUCCAAAAAAUAUAACCUGCCCUUGCUUGUGAGAGAAGUAUUUCAGCUGAGCUUUAAGAAAAUAAAAGCAACCCAGUGAAGUUAAUCCCAUUUA